CAGCAGCGAAGGAACGAGAGGUGUGGCAAAUUACAACAAAGUCUGUGUUUCGUGUAGUUUAUAAACAAACUUUUUGUUAAGCUGAAUUGAUUUAUAAUUUUGGUUCCAUUGAUAAUAAAUUAUUAACAUGUCCGUCGAUAAACAGGAAUAUCAUCGCGCGUCAAAUGCGAUAGUUUUUGGUGGAGUUAUCACAUAUAUUGCUGGUUUACUAUUAUUAAUGGCAUUUACAAGCCCCUAUUGGAUACAGUCUUAUCAAGAAACUUUCAGUAGUUUCAAGCACAUGGGACUUUGGGAAUAUUGUUUUGAACAAUUUCGAUAUCCAUACUUUCAGUUCGAUAAGAAAUUUGACGGAUGCCAUCACGUCUUCUCUGAAGAAUAUUACGUGAUUCGUGAGUGGCUGUUACCAGUAUGGCUGAUGGUGGUGCAAACAUUUGUCACUCUUGCCCUUCUACUGUCUUUUUUUGCGCAAGUUCUGAUUGCAUUGAUUCUAGUUCGUUGGCCUUUGAAAUUCGUAUUGAAUUUUGAAUGGCUCCUUUCUUCAUUUGCUUUUCUGUCUUGUGCAGCCACAGGCACUUUUUUGUUCUUGGCAGUGUCAAUAUUUGGAGGGCAAUGCUGGCGCAGAGACUGGUUGAUGUACCCAAAUUUUAAUCAUUUAUCUUGGUCGUAUGGUUUAGCAGUUAUCUCGUUUAUGUUCCAUUGGUUAGCUGCAUUUUUCUUGUAUCUGGAUGCCAAAGCCGGUUAUAGGUUGCGCCGAGAAUCUCGUAAUUUAGUAAUGCAAAUGCAGCCUAACCCACAGACCCAUCAAGGGUUGCAAAGAGGAGGAUACAUAUAAUUCGUACUCUACUACACGAAGUGAUCGUGUUAUAUAAAGUUCACGUAUGCGUGUUCUCAUCAAUACUAUUUAACUCCGUCCAUUUCUUAUAGAAAUUUAUAUAUUUAGAGGAAGAGAAAGAACUGUUUAUACAUAUCUAUAAUAUAGUUUUAUACACGUAGUUAUAAAUUGUGACUAUCCCAAGUAUACAGUGAUAGAAUGUCUGUCACGUAUAUAUUCAGAGCUUGUAUUUAUAAGCUUGACAAAUCGUCCAAAUUAUGUUUCGAGCGUACUAAUUAUUUUUUACUUUAUAGUUUUUAGAUAUACACGUUUAAUGCCGAGAUCACGAUAUUAAUUUUUAUAUUGUUGUACAUUCCGAAGA